GAUAAUGACAGGCGGCCACCCACAACAGCCCUGCGUCUGCUGAGUGAGAGAGUCAAGGCGGUGAUGCGAGCUCCCCACUCUUUCCUUCUUGUACAAAAUUUCCUCUUCCUUCCCGUUCGUGGUUGUAUGUCGGCUCUAUAAUAACACAACUAACCACUACAUCUUUACACUCAGAUAAAAACUCUAAUUGGGGGCCGGUUAGACGCGUAAAAGACGUUUUCCAAACGCACGACUUUCGUUUUUUUUACCCUAAUUGAUGUGUUUAGUCGAGCUCAUCUCUGUCUAUCCGCGGAACGACAACAAAAAUAACGCAGGGCAGCAACAUUAUUCAACGAUACCGAGUGAUAAACCAAUUUUCCUUUAACGAAGAAUAAGCCAAUGAAGAGACACAGGACUUUAGUGCGCACAAGGCAGCCGGCCUUGACGGCCGUGGACCGGCGUGGAGACGCUGACGGCUCAGGAGGAUCCAUUUCCAACAGAUGACUGGAAGCGCUGUCUGUAGUGAGCGAGGACCAGCCCAUCUUCGAGCCGCCCUUCGCCGCGCCUCCGGUCAUGCACAUGAAGGUGGAGAUGGCGUCGCCCGGCGCCUUCAGCCAGACCUCCAAGCCGAGCCCAGAGCCCAGUGACCCCGAGUGGGCGGGGAAGAGAGGCGAACACGUCAACGGCACCAGCCGUGAGUCCCCGGUGGACUGCAGCGUCACCAAGCGCUCCAGACACAUGAGCAGCGACGGGACCCCCAUGUCCUACCAGACCUCGUACCCGGAGCCCCGCGUCAGCCCCCAGACCAGCACCCCGCCCAGCAGCGGCGCGGAGGAGAAGAGGGUCAUCGUGCCUGCAGACCCCGAGGUCUGGACGCAGGACCACGUGCGGCAGUGGCUGGACUGGGCCAUCAAGGAGUACGUCCUGGAGGAGGUGGACGUCAUGCUGUUCCAGACGCUGGACGGAAAAGCCCUGUGCAAGAUGACCAAGGAGGACAUGAUGCGCCUGACGUCGGCCUACAACGCAGACAUCCUGCUGUCGCACCUCAAUUACCUCCGGCAGAGUAGCCCAACGUUCUCGUACCCCACGACUCCCACCAGCAGCACCCCCCCACAGCAGCCCCGGCUUCAGGUCAAAGCAGAGAGCGGUUUUGAUGAGAUCAGCCGCAGAAACAGCUGGCCCACCAACACCAUGGCUGCCGCGCCCAAAGGUUCUUCGAUGGAUCACCAACACACCACCAGAGUCACAGAACCCGCUCCCAGACUCGUACAAGACCCAUAUCAGACAUUAGGGCCCAUUAGCAGCCGACUAGCCAACCCAGAAGGCCAGGCCCUCAGCUCGUCCAAGAACCGAACAGGCAAACAAAGCCCAUACAAGCUGCCUGACCCCAGCGCUCACAGGCCUGUGGGUUCGGGGCAGAUCCAGCUGUGGCAGUUCCUGCUGGAGCUGCUGUCCGACAGCAACAACGCCAGCAUCAUCACCUGGGAGGGCACCAACGGCGAGUUCAAGAUGACCGACCCCGACGAGGUGGCCAAGCGCUGGGGCGAGCGCAAGAGCAAGCCCAACAUGAACUACGACAAGCUGAGCCGCGCGCUGCGCUACUAUUACGACAAGAACAUCAUGACCAAGGUGCACGGGAAGCGCUACGCCUACAAGUUCGACUUCCAGGGAAUCUCGCAGGUGCACCAGAACCACACGUCGGACGGCGGGAUCGUCAAGUACCCGGGCGACAUGCCCUACGUGCAGCCCUACCACAGCCACCAGCCCAAAAUGAACUUCAUGGGGGGUCCUCCGCCCAUGUCCGUCUCCCCCGGGAACUUUUUCAGCUCCCCCACGUCAUACUGGAACUCCGCCAACAGCCCCAUCUACCCCGGCUCAGCCAUGAGCAGGCAUCCGGCCGCCCACUCCCACCUGAGCACGUACUACUGAGGACGGCGUGGACGAUUGGCCACCGCGGACGAGGCCCGACUGAACGAACAGUGAUGACGCUACGGCCUGAUGGAGGCAUUAGGGCGCUGAGGCUGCACCACCUCCGAACCUCAGAAGGACUCGACAGGAGCAGCUCGGCCUCGCGCUCCGUGACGGACAGAAAAGCUUGGUAUUGUACUCCUCCAAGGCUUUUCCCAAUAUGCUGAUAAAUAUAUCAACAAUUAUUCAGUUGUUAAGCCAAGUUUGGGUUUUUGUUGUAAGUAACGUGUUUGAUAGUAAACUGAAAUUGAACUCGUGCCAGUUACUGCGUGGGUUUCGUUGUUAAUCACAUUUAACUCCUGACAUUUGUAAAAGAGAGUCUGUACAGAAUGAUCGUCAUGUAACACUGUAACAUUUACUCCAUGUAAUAAAUGAUGCUUGUACCUGAA